UUAGAAGGCUCACCGUCAGAAGUCUGUCCAUUAGAAGGCUCACCAUCAGAAGUCUGUCCAUUAGAAGGCUCACCAUCAGAAGUCUCUCACUCAAAAACCGAAAAGACUCUCAACCGGAAGUCACUCAAGACCACACGCCACAAGGCAGGAAACAGGCAAGCAAGUAGGUAUCGAGAAACAGCGCCCUCACCCCGCCGUCCAAGAUCCCACGACUCGCGCACCCAGUCCCCACAGUUCUCCAUACCGACAUCGGCCCUUCACCAUGUCCACACGGCGCGCACGUAUGUACAAGCCCGCGAUACCGUCAACGCACACCCCCCCCCCUCCACCUCUCGCAAAUCCGCACCACGGCAUCAUGGAAUCACGCGCAGGCAUACUCUGGGUAUCAUCUCGCAUAAUCGCGCCCGCGCGCCUCAGCGCCUCGGCCUUUGACGCAUGGUACGAGAAUGUAACACGCGCCCGCCCCCGACCUGUCCUGCUGUACGCGUAGAUUGCAGCUAAAAGUACGCAGGAGCAUGCGCUUGAAGUGCUCACCCUCCCGGGCGUGCCGGGGGGCGUGAAAUACG